AUGUUAAAGGAACGACGUUUAAAACUGAGGUCCGGAAUUACAUACGCAAUUAAAUAUAGAUCGAAAUUAGACGUCCCUUUAAAUUACAAGAUCACUUUAUUAAGGGAGGAUAUAGAAAAUGGGCCUUAUCAUGUUUUUGGUUCUCAUGACAAGUGUGCUAAUUAUUUUUGUGAUGGACCUAAACCCGGGGAAAGAAAUAUAAUUUCCGAAAUGGAAAAUUGUGGACUUUGGCAAGAUAUUUUGGGAGCAAGAAAUUUAGUUGCACAUCAUUCUGAUAGUCUUAUUCAUUUUGUAAACAACAACUGCGUGGAAAGUUAUAAUAGCGUUGUUGCUAAAUUCAUCGGUGGUAAAGGUGUUAAUUAUUCUUUUAGAGGCUCUUACCAAGCCCGUUGCGAUACGGCUGUCAAUGCGUUCAACCUCGGCCCUUCGUAUAUUAGCCAUUUCCAUAAGAAAGCUACUUUUCAUAGUCCAGGAUUGUUCACGAAAAAUGUUGAUAAUGAUUUGCCUUUUUUGGCUGCUAGUCCAGAUGGUUUGAUAAGUUAUGAUUCUAUUGUUGAAAUUAAAUGUCCAUCAUCCAUAAAAGAUUAUACGCCGGAAGAGGCCUUUCAUGAAAAAAAAUUAAAAUGUAUGACGUACAAUGAUGGAAAUUUACAGCUGAAAACAUCACAUGCAUACUUCUAUCAAAUUCAGGGACAACUACAUAUAACUAAUAGGAAGUUUUGUUAUUUUUGUAUAUGGACACCUAAAGGACUUAUAGUAGAGAAAAUUGAAAGGGAUGACAAGUUCUGGAUGGAUAUAGAACCAAAGUUGAAGAAGUUUUACAUGGAAUGCUUACUUCCGGAGAUAAUUGAUUCUCGACUUGACCGAGGACUUCCACUUAGAACAGGCUUAUAA